AUGCCCUUUAUCAUUCGCUACCCACGCGAAAUCGCACCCAAUUCUAUUCCAUGCGUCUUUUUUGCUGCGGCGACUCCUUCGUAUGCGGCCGAAGUAGCACCUCUACAACUCAACGGCUACCUAACAGUCUACGUCAACCUGUGCUGGGUUAUGGGCAAGAUGAUCUCAUUUGGCGUCCUCACUUCGAUGCUAAAAUAUCCUACAGAGUGGUCAUACCGUAUUCCCUUCGCCAUCCAAUGGGGAUGGCCACCAUUCAUGAUUGUCGCUAUAUUUCUCGCCCCCGAUCUCAAUUGGCCCGAUUCCCUAUGGUAUCGCAGCUAA